AUGACCCGGGCGACCCCAGAGGCGCAGCGGGGCCGGUUUCCGCCAUCAGGAGGGCAGGCGCGGAGCCGCCGCGAGGGGGCGCCUCAGAGCGUGGAGGCCGCUGGAGGUGCCAUGGCGUCCCUGGGCGUCCUCCGUAGCGGCGGUGGCUCCUUGGGCCUCCUGGUCUGGCUGCUGGUCUUUCAUCCUCGGCUCAGUGAGGCCUGGGCGGGCGGGGAGGGAGCGCAAGGCGGGGUGGCACUGCCAUCACCCUCUCCACCUACCUUGGGGGGCGGCCACGAGGACCCCGGGGCGCGCCAGUGGAAGCUGCCUCCUCGGGGGGUUCUGGAAACUUCGGGGGCCCCGGAAUCCAGUACGACUGCGGUAGCCCCCGAUUUGGUGGCGUUUACCCCAGUGUGCGGCCAUCAGAUUUACAAGGUAGUUGGCGGAAGGCCGGCCCCAGAGAGGAAGUGGCCCUGGCAGGUCAGUCUGCAGAUCAAUGAUGAACACAUAUGCGGAGGCUCCCUCAUUGCCAGUUGGUGGGUGCUGACUGCGGCCCACUGCAUAUUUGGCCAUGUGGAAUACACAGUGAAGAUGGGAGACAUACACUUGAUGCACACCUCCAGAAUGGCAAUCAAGGUCCCAGUCCAAGACAUCAUUAUCCACAAAUAUUAUAAUCCUAUUGGAACAAUUGAAAAUGACAUUGCCCUUGCUCUGCUUGCCUUCCCCGUGAAUUUCUCCUCGAACAUCCAACCCGUGUGCCUCCCUGAAAAGGCUUUCAUGGUCCAAGCUGGUACAGAGUGCUGGGUGACUGGAUGGGGAAAACUAGAUGAACAAGAUCCUCCUACUCCUAAAUUCUCUACAGAUCCAUUGAAGGCAUCUACACGACUGCUUCAGGAGGCUGAGCUAAGCAUUCUUCGCUAUGAGAGAUGUAAUGAGAUGCUCAAAGAAAAGAUGCAAAGUCGAUUUGACUUGGUCAAGAAGGGGGCUGUCUGUGGUACCAGCCCCACAGGAAAGGAUGCUUGCCAGGGAGAUUCUGGGGGUCCCCUGGUCUGUGAAUUUAAUGACUCAUGGGUCCAAGUAGGGAUUGUGAGCUGGGGCAUUGGCUGUGGUCGCAUAGGGUAUCCAGGAGUUUAUACAGAAGUGAGUUUCUACAAGGAUUGGGUCAUUGCUAAAAUGAGUCAGGCUUCUCAUAUAGACUCAGCAGGCUACUUCAGCCUAACGCUGUGUCUGGUGCUGCCUCUGGGCAUCCUGGCGACCCCAUGA